AUGUCAUUUCCGCUGCUAGUGCUGGUAGCAGAUAUUGCUACAGUAAAAGAAAAACCAUUUGUAUUACUAUCUGGACAGCUACUGCUGGAUGGUAGUCAAUCUGUGGAAACGGUUGUUGGGUUUGUGAAAGCCUAUCCGCAGCUCAGAGCCGUUUCUGUCGCUUAUAAGACGGAUGAGAGUUACACAGUUGAUGACGCAUUUACCAUGCUUAAUAAUGGCGUAAGCACGCUGUUUGUAGAUGAGCGCACCGCUGACAUGCUAGUGGAUGCAGGCAUUCCGCAUACUAGACUUACCGUUUCUGAUGGCAGCGUUUAUCGGCAACAAUACCCAGCUGUACGCGAGUUUAGCGAGCGUCAGAUUCACUCGUUGUCGAAAGUAACCGGUGAAGAUUUUGCGAAUACAAUAAUAAGUGCUUUGAAGACCGAUCGGGCAGAUGGCCUCUUUUCCACAUUAGUGGUAGAUGUGUAUGAGAGAUGCCUUGGACUCGUGUAUUCCUCGGAGGAGUCAAUCAGACUUGCAAUCGAGAAAAAGGCGGGAGUAUACUACUCUAGAUCCCGGAAUGAGGUCUGGGAAAAAGGUCGGACCUCUGGGAACACGCAAGAGUUGCUUCAAGUUGCGAUUGACUGCGAUGGCGAUGCAUUGAGAUAUGUUGUGGACCAGCGCUCGGAGCAAGGCGGCAUGGGCAAUUUUUGCCAUCUAAAUACCCCGUCAUGUUUCGGAUCUUUGAGACGCGGCCUGGAGAGUUUAGAGCAGAUUGUUGACCAACGCAUAGCAGAUGCUAGACCUGAGUCAUACACCCUCCGUCUUGUUGGAGACACGGAAUUGCUAAAUUCAAAAAUAAAGGAGGAGGCAGAUGAAGUGAUUGAGGCUAUAACGCCAGCUGAACUACAAUGGGAAGUUGCGGACUUGCUGUAUUUCCUCAUGGUUAAAAUGAGGAGCAAUAAUGUGACUUUAAAGGAGGUGGAAGCCAACCUAAACAUGAAGCACAUGAAGAUUACGAGACGGCCUGGAAACGCGAAACCAAAGUACCUACCCGCGCAGGAGUGGCAGAAGAACAAGGAAACUCCUGUAGAUAUUGCACCAUCUGCCAUUUACUUGAACGUCGUAUCCUCAGAUGAUGAGGCCGCAUUGAAAACAGCAAUUACAAGGCCAAUUCAGAAAACUACUGAUAUAUUAGGUCUUGUUGAGCCUAUAAUAAAAAAAGUGAUAGAGGAGGGCGACAAUGCGUUGACUGAACUAACAGCGAGGUUUGAUGGAGUAAAGAUAGAAACACCAGUACUAGAGGCUCCUUUUGGCGACGAGUAUUUAAAAGGAUUAACGGAAGACGUCCGUACGGCCAUAGAUAUUUCGAUGGAGAAUGUCCGUAAAUUUCAUGCCGCACAGCUGAGAGACGAUAUUCUCAAGGUCGAAACGCAACCGGGGGUGGUAUGUACGAGAUUCCCGAGGCCCAUAGAGAAGGUCGGGCUCUAUGUUCCCGGUGGCACUGCAGUUCUCCCAAGUACUGCAGUGAUGCUUGGAGUGCCAGCGCAAGUUGCUGGCUGCAAAGAGAUAGUUAUUGCUUCUCCGCCUCGCAAGUCGGACGGUAAAAUUUCACCUGAGGUUGUAUACGUCGCAUCUAAAAUUGGCGCCUCGAAGAUUGUAUUAGCAGGCGGUGCACAAGCUGUUGCUGCCCUUGCUUAUGGCACACAUUCGGUACCAAAAGUUGACAAAAUCCUUGGACCAGGGAACCAGUUUGUCACUGCUGCUAAGAUGUAUGUGCAAAAUGACAUGCAGGCUCUCUGUGCCAUCGACAUGCCUGCAGGUCCAUCUGAAGUCCUGGUCAUCUGCGAUGAGAGCGCCGAUGCCGAUUUUGUGGCGGCUGAUUUACUCUCUCAGGCAGAGCACGGCGCGGACUCUCAGGUUAUCCUGAUUGGCGCCAACAUUUCUGACGAAAAGGUGCACUCUAUCCAAGCUGCUGUUCAUCACCAGGCAAUCUCGUUGCCGCGCGUGGAUAUCAUCCGCAAAAGUAUUGCGCACAGCUCUAUCAUCUUGUCGAGCACAGCAGAGGAGGCCUUUGCCCUCUCCAACCGUUAUGCCCCAGAGCAUCUCAUUCUCCACCUGGAGAAUGCGUCUGAAUAUCUACCCUUGGUGGAUCAUGCCGGCAGCGUAUUCGUCGGUGCGUACACACCUGAAUCGUGUGGCGACUACUCGAGUGGGACAAACCACACGCUGCCUACAUAUGGCUACGCUCGGCAGUAUAGCGGCGUCAACACCGCAACGUUCCAGAAAUUCGUUACCUCCCAGGAAAUUUACCCAGAAGGGUUGCAGAACAUCGGGCACGCAGUAAUGAGUCUUGCGAAAGUCGAGGGACUGGAUGCCCACAGAAAUGCUGUGAAAAUCCGUAUGGCUAAGCUGAAGCUGCUGGACGCUGAUUUUGACUAG